UCACUCUACCAGGUCACGUCACUGUACCAGGUCACGUCACUGUACCAGGUCACGUCACUCUACCAGGUCACGUCACUGUACCAGGUCACGUCACUGUACCAGGUCACGUCACUCUACCAGGUCACGUCACUGUACCAGGUCACGUCACUCUACCAGGUCACGUCACUCUACCAGGUCACGUCACUGUACCAGGUCACGUCACUGUACCAGGUCACGUCACUCUACCAGGUCACGUCACUGUACCAGGUCACGUCACUGUACCAGGUCACGUCACUCUACCAGGUCACGUCACUGUACCAGGUCACGUCACUGUACCCAGGAAGAAAAGAGAGAUGUCCAGUGAGGCGUUCAGGGGCAGCAGGUCUUCUUUGUGUUAGAGUGUUACAGGGUGCACUUUGAGGUGAGAUGUUUGCGGUGCGGCGUGCGGUCACUGAUGCAUUCUGGGGGAUGUGCGCAGCGGACUCGCUCUCGAUGCCCGUUCAUUGGUUCUACGACGUGGACGACAUCCAGAGAGAGUUCAGAGGCUGGAUCCGAGAGUUCAGAGCGCCGAGAGACAAGCAUCCGUCCAGCAUUAUGAGCCUAUCAAACACAGCGGGCAGCGGGCGAUCGUCCUCUGGGUCGAGACGUCCGGACGUCGUGGGACGACUGAUCCUCCAAGACAAGCUGGACCUGUGGAGGAGAGGAGACAAUACACACUAUCAUCAGGGUCUGUGUGCGGGGGACAACACUCUGAACGUCCUGUGCUCUCUGAGAGUCGCCCUCUGUCUCGUAUCAGGAGGGUUCUCCGACCUCUCGUCUCCAGACGCUCGUGCUGCCGUGCUCUCAGACUACGUGUCCUUCCUGACGACAGAGGGAUCGCACCGGGACUCGUACGCCGAGUCCUUCCACCGGGACUUCUUCUGCUGCUGGCAGGACGAAAGGCCCACUGAGCCACAACAGCUGUUGGAGUUUGCGGAGCGGCGUAGCGUUAGCCCUCUGAGGGCGGCGCGGCCCGACGCCCAGCUGGACGCCAUCGGCUGUUUACCCAUGAUCCUCCCCUUCAUCCUGCUGGCAGCACACGCCCCUCUGGAGCAAGCGGUGCGAGGUGCGGUGGAGAUGGUGAAGCUGACCCACCCCCACCCCAGGGUGCCCCUCUGGGUGUCUCUGUACGGCGGGGCGCUCCACAGGGUGCUGGGGGGGGCGAGCAUCCGGGGGGAGGCGGAGCGCGCUCUGAAGAGCCUCGAGGCCUGGGACGCCUGCCGGGGGUUCAGCAGCAAGGCAGCAAGGUUCCCUGCUGGGUCGGAUCAGCGUCUCCGGGUUCAUCAGAGCGCUGUUAAUCAGCUGGGACUCGCCUGCUACACCAAAGGCGCUCUCUCCAGUCUCUUCUAUUUGGCUCUUGAGUUCCACGACGACGCGGCAGCAGGAAUCCUCACCAACACCAACUGUGGAGGUGAGAACUGUAAUCGAGGCGCGGCAUUGGGUGCUCUGCUGGGGGCGGGGGGGGGCAUUCAGAGGGGGCGGAGUCCCAGAGGAGUGGAGAGAGGAGCUUAGAGACGCCAGAGAGACCAUCCCUCUCAUCCUGAAGAACAUCAAAUAACACGCUCCUAUUGGCCGGCGCUCCAACACUCUGAACGUGAUAGGCUAAGGGGCGGGACUUCUCUAAGAUGUUGACCAAUCACAACAGAGCUAA